AUGCUAGAGACAGAUGUUCAGCUUAUGGUGACAGACAUUCCAGAGACUGAGGUUCAGUCUGCGGUGACAGACAUCCUAGAGACAGAGGUUCAGUCUGCAGUGAGAGACAUUCUAGAGACAAAGGUUCAGGCUGCAGUGACAGACAUUCCAGAGACAGAGGUUCAGGCUGCUGUGACAGACAUUCCACAGACAGAGGUUCAGUCUGCAGUGACAGACGUUCCAGAGACAGAUGUUCAGUCUGCAACAGAGGUUGAUGCUGCAGUGACAGACAUUCCAGAGACCGAGGUUCAGCUUGCGGAAACAGAGGUUCAGUCUGCAGUGACAGACAUUCCAGAGACAGAGGUUCAGUUUGCAGUGACAGACAUUCCAGAGACAGAGGUUCAGCCUGCAGUGACAGUCAUUCUACAGACAGAUGUUCAGUCUGCAGUGACAAACAUUCUAGAAACAGAGGUUCAAUCUGCAGUGAUGGACAUUCCAGAGACAGAGGUUCAGCUUGCAGUGACAGACAUUCUAGAGACAGGGUUCAGCCUGCAGUGA